AGUCUCUGACGCUCUUACGUCUCUGAUGAUCGUUCGUGUGUGUGCGUGUGCUUGUAAUCUCGUUUAGUGAGGUUACAUUUGAUCAAAUUAGUUAAUCUCUAAUAAUGUGGUCACAGACAAAAAUUUGUGUCGUAGAUGUUCCGGUUUUCUGAUUGAAGUGUAGGCGAAGAGGAAACAUGCUCAGUUUUGAAGGUUAGAGCUUCCACAUCAGUGACCAGGUCAGCAACGGAUAAAUGAAUGGAAUUCUACAUCGGGCGUUCCCAGUUUUGACAGUGAAUAAGUCACGUUUGACAUCGAGGUCAGCCUAAAUGUGCAUCAGCAUCGCCCUAAGACCUAUCAACAUCAACUAGAAAGGGCACAAUCGAAGGACAUCAACAUGGUGAACGCACGGAAAAAGCCUCUUCAGUGCAUCGUAUGCCUCAAGACUUUUGCUCAGUUUGGUAAGCUGAAGACUCAUCUACGAACCCACACUGGGGAAAAGCCAUUUGAGUGCACCGUGUGCCACAAAUCCUUUUCUCAGUCUGGCAAUCUAAAGAGACAUCAUCGUACCCACUCUGGAGAAAAGCCAUUUGAUUGCAGCUUGUGCUACAAAUCGUUUGCUGCAAGUGGUGACUUGAAGAAACAUUUACGAACCCACACUGGGGAAAAGCCAUUUAAGUGCGCCGUGUGCCUUGAAUCCUUUUCUCAGUCUGGCAGUCUAAAGAUACAUCAAAGUACCCACACUGGGGAAAAGCCAUUUGAGUGCACCGUGUGCCACGAAUCCUUUUCUCAGUCUGGCAAUCUAAAGACACAUCUACGCACCCACACUGGAGAAAAGCCAUUUGAUUGCAGUUUGUGCUACAAAUCGUUUGCUAUAAGUGGUGAUUUGAAGACUCAUACUGGAGAAAAGCCAUUUGAUUGCAGUUUGUGCUACAAAUCGUUUGCUAUAAGUGGUGAUUUGAAGACUCAUCUACGAACUCAUACUGGAGAAAAGCCAUUUGAUUGCAGUUUGUGCUACAAAUCGUUUGCUAUAAGUGGUGAUUUGAAGACUCAUCUACGAACCCACACUGGGGAAAAGCCAUUUGAGUGCAGCGUCUGUCGCAAAACUUUUUGUCGAUCAAGUAAUCUGAGGGCUCAUCUACGUACCCAUACUGGGAAGUAAUCCUUUAUAGUGAACCGUGUGCCGCAGAACUUUUUCUUAAGGGUUAUCUAGUUACUCUGCAAAUCCAACAGUAGGACUGUUCUACUGUUGGAUUUGCAGAGUAGCUGAAGGGAGGGCCAUUUGAGAACACCGUUUGUCGCCAAUCAUUUUCCUAACGUGGUGCUUUGACGACUCAACCCACUUCUUUAUCAAUUUGCCAGUAUCUCCUUAAUCCUGACUCAACUGCCAACCUCUUAUUUUAAGCCAGAAAACGAUUGUAAUUCGCUUUGUAAUGUACGGAGAUUACUCAUAUUCCCAGAGUCCUGGUUUUAUCUAAAGGUGUAGUACCCUAGUUAACAAGAGUUGUAUCAAACAAUAUUUUGAUGU